UAUGCUGACACGCUUCAGAGUAAAAAAAAUACAUAAAAAGUCAUGGAUAUCGGAGACGAAAUUGAGAGAACGAUUCUAGAAAAGCUAAUGGAGUAUGGUGACAGCGUACUCGAAGACCCAAAGCCUGGUCACCACACAACACAGAAUGGAAGGAAAGCUUGCCAUCACCGUACGAACGAAAAAGGGGAGUCGGUCUCCAAGAAAAAGGUUAAGAAGAAGAAGAAGAAGAAACAGGCCGUAUCUGUGGAUGCAACUGACAUCAAAUGUCACAAAGGCAAGCAGAACUCUUUGAGAAGUUUUGACGAAGAACUGAGAUUGUUCAAGGCAGCGCAGGAGGAGAAGGAUUUAGAGGUGGAAGAAAAUAUUGAGCUUGACAGAAGGAAAGACUGUGAUGAACAGAAGAAGAAGAGAAAACCACCAGAAGUGGUUGUAUUUAAUGAUCCAACCAAGAGGAAAAAAGAGAACAUGUCCAAGGUGCAGGCUAGUGCAGGACCCAAGGGCAGAGAACAGAGUGAGGGAGAGGUGGACCUGGACCAAGCAAGACAUGAGGUCUGGAAGUUUGGCAUUAGCGGACUAUCCUUCGAAGAUAAAGAGAAGCAUGAAGCGGCUAAGGCUGUCCAACUAGGAGCAAAGCCCCCGAAGAGAGCAUUUGUGAAUUACAAAGAGCUAAUGGAAACCAAGCGACAAAAGAAGAUUGAAGAGAAACAGCAAAGAGAAAUUGAUCGACAGAUGGGAUUAAAAACAUCCAAGAAGAAAGAUGAAAAGAUACAACUCCAGAACAUAGGCUUUUGGACAGACAAGACACAACGGAAAGGAGUCUAUGUGGAUGGGCAGCUUGGAAAAUACAAGAGGGGUGUGCAGGUCUUCUCAAAGAGGGACAUAGCGAAGAUUAAAAAUCAGACAGGAAAGAGAAAAGGGAAGAGGUGACGUGGCUUGACACAAAAACUUGAAAUCUUAUCGUUAUCAUGCCUUUAGUAUGUAAAGGACACAUCUUGUCACAAGAAUAUUAAAUAAUUAUUAACUUUUAUCAUGGCCUCGGUAUAUGAAAAGUGAUGCAACAUUCACGGUGUAUUUGGAUUGUCAUAUGGAUAUUGCUAGGACUAGACUACUGCAGGAUUUGAGCUAGAUGACAUUUCGUCGCACGCACCACGAACCGUCCUCUCUGCGCACUUCAAUGCGAAAGUUAGUUUGGCAGAAAAGGCAUU